ACAAGCGAUUUUUUUUUCAUGAAAAAAAUAGAACGGUAGUUCAAGAUUUUUUUAAAAAAAAUCACUUCCCUGUGACUUUAUUCCAAACCUAUAAAAGCACCACUUCGGAUCCGUCUCCCCUACUUUUUUUUUUCUUUUUCUCAUUAUAUUCUAAAAAAUGACUGGUCGUGGUAAAGGUGGUAAAGGUCUCGGAAAGGGUGGUGCCAAGCGUCACAGAAAGAUUCUUCGUGAUAACAUUCAAGGUAUUACCAAGCCUGCUAUUCGUCGUCUCGCUCGUCGUGGUGGUGUUAAGCGUAUCUCUGGUCUCAUCUACGAAGAAACCCGUGGUGUCCUCAAGGUCUUCCUUGAAAACGUCAUUCGUGAUGCCGUCACUUACACUGAACACGCCAAGAGAAAGACUGUUACCUCUUUGGAUGUUGUCUAUGCUUUGAAGAGACAAGGUCGUACCCUCUAUGGUUUCGGUGGAUAA